AUGAUAAUCGAUUUGGGUCAAGCUUUUAUUCUAUCUCAGACGGAUUGGCCAGUUUAUGUGAUUCCCGCACAUUAACCAAAUUAGUUCACUAGAGAGUGAUUUGACGAUAAAUUGGGCUAAAUGGAUUGUGAAAUCAUUCCAAGAGGAUUUGUUACGCGUAGUCCACCCAGAAUCAGUUGAAAUUCACCGGAAAUUCUAUGAAGAAUUCGCUGAAAUAUCAAACCGGAACCGCAACAAUAAGACGACACUGUGUUUUGGGAAUUCAAAAGUUUUGGGAAACGGAUCGAUAAGGAGACUACAAUCCAAUCCUGUUUGAAUACACAAAUCUCUGCGCCUCCCUGACUUUUCGCAUGUUUAGGGCUGAUAACAUGACUAAAUGACUACAACGACGUAUGUUUUAUCCCAUAUUCAGUUGAAUGUUUUGUACAGUUUUUAUAAUCAUUGAUAUGCAAAGGGCAAAAUUAGUAUGGCGCGUUUUUGAUAAUAAUAAGCUGUGAGAUGAGAUAGUUUCCGGAAUAUUCCGCAUGUUUUACGCCCGUCAAAGUACACUACAUCAGUUUCUGGAAAGUUUUGUUUGAACCAUCUGCGCGCAUUUCAAAGCGAUGAUUCGUAGUGUAGUAUAACUGUCAUUCGCUAUCACUCCAGUUCCCCACGACGUUAUCAAACCGUUGGCACGUACUGUCUAAUGUAGUCAGGUACCCACUCUCUUUUCUAUUUAUUAGCACUUUUCAACAUUGGAGCAGUUUAGUUGACUGUUUUGUACUGUGUCCACAGACUACAGUGGACUGAAAACACUUUCAAAUACUUAUAGAUCUGUGAAUGCUCCAAAAUGUACGAUCAUAUCGUUCAGUUUGCUUUUUCUUCUUCAUUAUUCUGUCAUUUUUUAGGUGAAGAAACAAUUCUCAAGAUGAGCCGUUGGAUUCAGCCCGGAGACAACCCAGACAUUACCAAUGAGCGGAAGAAAACAACUUUCGACACUGAAAGAAUGUCGGCUUGGAUUCAUGGUGGCCCGGAAGUUUUGAAGGUUCGUGGGACUUAUUGUAAUCAUAAUUUUAAUCAAUUUUUUUUCUAGCGUCGUCGUGAAAUCCUGGAGUUUGUGAAGAACACGGAUGAUUUCAAGGAUCCGGUUCCGGUCGAGUUCAUGUCUCGUGAGGAACGCAUUAUGAACAAUUCCCGGAAGGUCGUUGCAAUGACGGAUAACACUGAUCAGAUUGAUGGAUCCGACUUUUUCGGAGAAGGAAUGUACUAUCAGGCGUGAGUUCUGUAUUCCAAAUGCUGUGAAAGUCGUGAUAAUGUUCUCAGUCUCACAAUGGGUCGGGAUUUGCAUGCGAUGUCCCUUCAUUACGUCAUGUUCAUUCCAACUCUUCAAGGUUCGGAAAACAUAUUUUAUUUACCCGUUAUCUUUUGUUUUAAGGUCAAACUGACGACGAGCAGUUGGACGAGUGGCUCACCAAAGCCAUUUCUCGAGCUGUGGUUGGAACUUAUGCUCAAACUGAGCUCGGACAUGGAACCAAUCUCGCCAAAUUGGAGACCACGGCGACUUAUGACCCCAAAACCGAAGAGUUUGUUUUGAACUCGCCCACAAUCACCGCUGCCAAGUGAGUUUAAGAGUCAGAAAGUGAUAAGGACGGAAAGUUUUAUUUUAGAUGGUGGCCGGGAGGCUUGGGCAAGUCGUCAAACUACGCUGUGGUUGUUGCCCAGUUGUACACAAAUGGAGAGCAUAAAGGACCUCAUCCGUUCAUUGUUCAGCUCCGAGAUGAUGAUACUCAUCUCCCGCUCAAAGGAAUUCGUCUUGGUGACAUUGGACCAAAACUUGGGAUCAAUGGAAACGACAAUGGAUUCCUUCUUUUUGACAAAUUUCGAAUCCCAAGAAAGUCGCUGCUCAUGAGAUACGCCAAAGUGCAACCAGAUGGCACGUAUGUGGCUCCAGCCCAUUCAAAACUGGGGUAUGGCACCAUGGUCUUCGUGAGAUCCAUCAUGAUCAAGGAUCAGUCUACUCAACUGGGAGCGGCCGCUACAAUUGCGACUAGAUAUGCGGCUGUUAGAAGACAAGGAGAAAUCAGUCCAGGAAAGGGAGAAGUGCAAAUUCUUGACUACCAGACUCAGCAGUUCCGUGUUUUUCCACAACUCGCCAGGGCAUUCGCAUUCUUGUCAGCCGCCUAUGAGAUCCGUGAUCUGUAUCUAACUGUUACCGAGCAGUUGACUCAUGGAAACACCGAGUUGCUCGCCGAGCUCCAUGUCUUGUCGUCUGGUCUUAAGUCCGUUGUUUCUUGGGAUACCGCUCAAGGAAUCGAGCAGUGUCGUUUGGCGUGUGGUGGCCAUGGAUACUCCCAGGCAUCUGCUUUCCCCGAAAUUUAUGGAUAUGCGGUUGGAGGAUGCACGUAUGAGGGAGAGAAUAUUGUCAUGUUGCUGCAGGUUGCCAGGUAAUGAGAAAAUAAGUGUAGGCGAUCAUUUUCUGUUGUCUAGGUUCUUAAUAAAAGCUGCUGAGGGCGUCAGAAAGGGAACAGCCAACCUUGCUGACAUUGGAGCAUACAUCGGAAAGACCGGGGGCAGAACUUCAAGACUCACUACUCAUCACCACUACACCGAUGCUCAAAUUGUGGAGGAUCUUGAGCAUGUUGCGAGAAAACAAGUGUUCCGCGCGUACGACCGUCUCAAGAAGGCACAAGAACAUCUUUCCCCGGAAGAUGCCUGGAACUCAGUGUCUGUGGAACUGGCCAAGGCCUCCAGAUGGCAUGUCCGUCUGUAUCUUGUCAAAAACUUCUUGCACAAGGUUUCGUUGGCUCCACAAGACCUAAAAUUUGUGCUGGUUGACGUCGCGAGACUUUAUGCCUAUGACAUCAUCACUUCUUCGCAAGGAGCAUUCCUGGAGGAUGGAUACAUGCGAUCCGAUCAGAUGAACGAAGUGAAGGAGGGCAUUUACGAGUGAGACUGUUUCAUUAUUAUCCAUCUCAAUUCUUCUGCUUUUUCAGAUGCCUCGCCAAGAUCCGCCCGAAUGCGGUCAGCCUCGUCGACAGUUGGGAUUACGACGACAAGGAGCUCAAGUCGGUGUUGGGAAGACGUGACGGAAAUGUCUACACUUCUCUCCUCGACUGGGCUCAGAAUAGUCAGCUAAACAAAACGGAAGUGCUUCCAGGUCACACGAAAUACCUCGGCCCGAUGAUGAAAGAAGCCAGAUCCAAACUUUGA